AUGCCACCACAGCUGCCCUCCAGCGAGCCGACCAUAACCAAACAACUAGGGCUGGAAGAUGAGUUCGUUUCCCGGAUCGCUUACAGGCAGGUUUUACAUGAACUAUUUCAGAAAGAGAACUGGGUGAAACCGCUAUCUGUUGCCGAAAGUGCUGUUCCAACGAAUUUAGAUGUUCAGGUCUCGGAACCACAACCCAAGCAAGCUAAACCUCUACAAACAUUGCUGGAAGAAAUAAAAGUGGACAGACAUGUCAAGCAACAGUCUGAUGUUUUAAAACAUAAGGAGAAGAUGACGAGGUUGGAUCGGUUUAAUGACUGCAUGGAGUCAAUGGCACAAAGCUUCUCUAUAAUUGCUGCUGGGAAUAAGGCCAAACUAGACCGUGAUAGUUAG